UGUAUUAGCCAAAAUCGCACCAUUAGCAUUAAAGCUAGCUAACGUAGUGAGAAAUAACAGCAUGUCUGUGUCACCAGCAGUGACAACAUUGUGUGAAAAUUCAAAUGAAGUAUUUCUAGAUGUUGCGAAGUUGUUGCUCACAUACGCGGAUAACAUUUUAAGGUAUCCCAAUGAGGAAAAGUACAGAUCGAUCCGAAUUGGCAAUCCUACAUUCUCCACCAAGCUGUUGCCCAUCAAAGGAGCUGUGGAGUGCCUUUUUGAGAUGGGAUUUGAGGAGGCCGAGACCCACCUGGUGUUCCCCAGGUCUGCAUCAGUGGAACAGCUGAAGCUCAUCAGGGAAUCCAUAGCAGCAGAGAGGGAUCAGAGGCUGCGCGGAGGACAGCAUGUCCAACCUACUGCUCAGGCUGCUGCUGCCUCGGCCUCAGCACCACAGAGCUCUGCUGCUGCCUCCAGCCCUCCAGUUACACCAUCUCCAUCACAGCCUUCAUCCUUGGAGAACAGUAUGAGCUUUUUUGUGACUCUCCAGUCAAAUUUCCAACACGUGAUGCUGUAUGAAAACCCCGAGCUGCAGCAAAAAGCCAGGAGCUGCAUCCCUCACCAGCAGCUGUCCUCCUCUGCUGAACGCAAGCUGAAGGAGGUGAAACAGGCUGAUCCAGACUGUAAACUAGGUAUAGAAGACUUCCUGGUGCUGGAGUUGCUCAGAUGGUUCAAACAGGACUUCUUCUCUUGGGUCGACUGUCUGCCUUGCAGCCGCUGCAAAGGCCCCACCAAGAACAACAGCUCCCUCAGUCCCACUACCGAGGACAUCCGCUGGGGAGCCCAGCGAGUGGAGAACCACUACUGUCAGAGCUGCCAGCUCUCCACAAGAUUCCCCAGGUACAACAAUCCAGAGAAGCUUCUUGAAACCAGGAGGGGGCGCUGUGGGGAGUGGGCGAACUGUUUCACAUUGUGCUGCAGAGCCCUUGGCCUUGAGGCCAGGUAUAUCUGGGACAGCACAGACCACGUGUGGACAGAGAUUUACUCCGUCUCUCAGCGUCGCUGGCUGCACUGCGAUUCCUGUGAGAACAGCUGUGAUAAACCGCUACUGUAUGAAGUUGGCUGGGGGAAGAAACUGGCCUAUGUACUGGCUUUCUCUAAGGACCAGGUAGUUGAUGUGACGUGGAGAUAUUCCUGCAAACAUCCAGAGGUUUUGUCGAGAAGGACGAGGGUUCAGGAGGCCUGGCUGCUGCACACCAUUAAUGGGCUUAAUGCCUCGAGGCAGCAGUCCCUGCACUCAGAGAGAAAGAAGGAGCUGACCGAAAGGCUGCUUGUCGAGCUGGUGGAGUUUAUUUCCCCCAAGAAACCAAAACCAGGAGAGCUGGGCGGACGCAACUCUGGCUCUCUGGCCUGGAGGAUAGCGCGGGGGGAGACCAGGAAGUCUGAUACAGGGACCUCCACACAGGCUGCCGGUUUUGUGUUUACUCCUACUGAGAAAGAAAAGAGUGACAGGUUACUGCACGUGCGCUACAGCGCCACGAAAGACCAGUACUGUCGAGUGUCCAACAACUCUGAGGUCAUUCAGAGCUGGGAUCAGUGUGUGUGGAGGAAUGAGUCAGUCUUCAGAAAGGUGGAGGAGGACUGGCAGAUGGUGUACAUAGCUCGAUCAGAGGGCUCCUCGGAGGGAAGAAUCAGCUGGAAGUUUGACUUUGCUCCGGGGGGAAUGAAGAUAAAGUCCGUCUCCAUCUUGGCCAGUAGCCAAACUUUCCACUCUGGAAAAGUCUGCUGGCACCUGCAGGCGGGCCAGAUUACUACAGAGUUCUCUGGAGAUGGGAAGAUGCAGUCAUUCCAGAGUGUAUCAGGCUCCUCGGACCUCAUCGUUGUAGCAGAACUCAGUGGUGGAGAGUCAUGGCAGCACUCUCAGCUCUUCAGACAGAGCUUGAAGGAGACGGAGGAGUCUUCGUUUGAAAUCCUCAUCCAUUUAGACGAUGCUUAACAGUUGUUUUACUCAACAAAAUCUGAUCCUGAAUUCCUUUAUAGUGUUUACUGCUGGGACAAGUUCAGAGCUAAUUGUUGGGAUGAUUUUGUAUGAAAUCCAAUCAGUGCAAUAUUUAAAUGUGUGUAGGUCGGUAAGGACGAUUAAAGGUUCAGUGUUCAGGAUUUAGUGGGAUAUUUUGGCCUAAAUUGAAUGUAGUAAGUAUGUUUUCUUUAGUGUAUUGUCACUUAAAAAUAAAAAAAUGUGUUCUCAUUACCUUAAAAUGAGCCGUUUAUAUCUGCAUAUGGAGCAGUUUCUCAUCCACAGAGUGUUCCUCAUCCACCAUGUUUCUACUAUAGCCCAAAAUGGAUGAACCGAACUGUGGCUCUAGAUAGGGCCUUUUGCUUUUUCGUAAUGUCCACCGUAGUUAGAAUUCCAUCCACGACAAACAGCAUUGGAAAAACGCAAUUUUUUUCAACAUGCUGCUUUUUAGUGGUUUAUAUCACCAGGUCUAUUUGUUUUUAGAGAGAAAGAGACCUCUGAGGAUAAUCGGCUCCCAGUAAAAACCUCCUGAACGUCUUGAUCUUAAGUUAUCAGAGGCGGUGGACUAUCUGCCUGUCUCUUACAUGCCAAACAGCAUUAGAGAAACACUAAUUUGUCGCGCAAAACUGCUUCAUUGAGCCUUUUUACUUGUGUGUUUCACCUGGUCCAUUUGUUUUGGAGAGGUAGACUCCUCAACGGAUAAUUCGGCUCCUGGUACAAACCGCCUGAACAAUGACCACUAAAGGAAUUUUAACAAAGCGAAGUUUUAACUAGUUGCAAUCUGCAAUCCUAGAUGCCAUGACAUUCCCCAAAAUCUUUCACACUGUUCCUUCAAAUAUGCAUGGCCUAAUGAUAGAUGAGUGAAGACGUGAGUUUUGUAACCAUCGCAGAGAACAGAUGUUGUCACUAAUGUUAAACUUUGAUUUGACUAAGGGCCAAAUAACAUAUGAGAUAUGCAGUCUGCAAUAAACACAAAGAGUUUUAAAGCCAUAUUUUUUGUAAUGUUUGCCUCCACUGUGAAUGUGUCUGUAAACUGUGAUACAUGAAAACCUUCCACACUGGGACUGAUGCCCUUGUCGGCUCAGGUUGCUCCAGUUCUCCUGCUAGUGGUGAGUGUGUUAUGUCAUAUUUGGCUAUGGUGU